AUGUACAAAGGGAAAAGAAAGUACAUUGAAAUUUGGCAGAAAGUUGAAAUUGCUGAAUUUUACAUUCAACACCAAAAUGAGAUGAGCAUGAGAGAUGUUGCUGCAAAGUUUCAUGUCAACUCCUUUAGCUCGAUUUCCGAAUGGGUGAAUAAGCUUGAUGAGUUGAAGAAAUCAGUAAAAUCUGAUAAAAAAUUAAAAUUAGAAAGCUUCACUCAAUUUCCAGAGCUAGAGAAAGAACUAGUUCAUUGGUUUACUGCAAUCCGUGAGCAAGGUAUUCAGGUUCUCAGAUCAACGAUUGAGGAGAAAGCAAAAAGUUUUGCGGCAGAAAUGGGAUUGGCGCGAUUCGGCUGUGGAGAUAAAUGGUGGCAAGGAUUUAGGACCAGAAAUAAUUUAUCUUUCAGAAAAAUCAAUGCCUCAAGCAUUAAGCCAAUCGAAAAAGAGGCAGAACUUGUCAGGCAAUACCUAGAUGAUUUAGCGUCAUUGCUUCCUCAAUUCGUUCCAUCUAACAUUUACAAUUUCGAUGAAACGAGAUUUGAUUGAGAUGUAAAAAGCAAGUUCACUUAUGAUUUCAAGGGAACUCAACGAAUUCUAGGCGUUCAAUCAGCUAAAAUGAACCAUUUUAUCACUGUUAUGCUUAUGAUUAGAGCUGAUGGAGAAAAAAUGCCUGCUUUGCUCAUUUUUCAAGAGAAAAAUGGCCAGAUCCCGAACCUUGUAAGAGAAAGACUGAAUAUUCCAGAAAAAUGUCAUCAUAAAAAUCAAAUAAAUCUGGCUAAAUUUCUGACCAGAUUCUUAAUGACUACCUCAGAACAAUAUUGAGACGAGAAAACCAACUGCUGAUUUAUGAUCAGGCUGGAAGUCAUAAAACUAUCAUGAUUUCUAAUGCAAUUUCAGAUUUAG